AUGCGUCUUUUAACGUUGCGUUUGUCGAAGCGCUUCACAAGUACUGCUCAUCAUAUUGACUUGUUAGCUAUUGGCGAAAAAUGGAAGAAGAAAACGGUUCUACCUAUACCUACGGUCUCUAAAAAAAGCCCUAAAGAUGAUAUUUACGUUCUGGCUAUGUUUCCAUAUCCAUCUGGUAUGUUACAUAUUGGGCAUCUGAGGGUUUAUACAAUAAGUGAUACUCUCAAUAGAUUUUAUCAGAUGAAAGGCUAUAAUGUUAUUCAUCCGAUAGGAUGGGAUGCCUUUGGUUUACCUGCAGAAAAUGCAGCGCUCGAAAGGGGUGUGGAUCCGGCAGUCUGGACAAAGCAGAAUAUUGCAAAAAUGAAGCAACAGCUUGCAAUGAUGCUUGCAAAUUUUAAUUGGGAUAGAGAGCUUACAACUUGCUAUCCAGAAUACUACAAAUUUACCCAGGAGAUAUUUUUAAAGUUAUUUAAACGUGGAUUGGCUUACCGUAAAGAGGCAGAGAUUAACUGGGAUCCUGUAGAUCAAACUGUAUUAGCCAAUGAACAAGUGGAUUCAGAAGGCCGAUCAUGGAGAUCUGGAGCAAUUGUAGAAAAGAAGCAGCUACGGCAAUGGUUUUUAGGUAUUGAAACAUUCGCUCAUGAAUUAUUGCACGAUUUAGACAAAUUACAAGAAUGGCCUUCUAAUGUCAAAGCCAUGCAAAAAAACUGGAUUGGUGAGUCACACGGUACAGAACUACGCUUUAAAACUAAUACUGAUGUCCUGAUUAGUGCUUUCACCACACGUGUGGAUACCAUAUUUAGUAUUCAAUACAUUGCAUUGGCGUUGGACCAUCCAAUUGUCCAGGAUGCUGCUAAAAAAGACACUGAUCUUGCCCAAUUUAUUAAUUCCAAUAAAGACCUCCCUAACAAUAGUAAAACGGGAUAUCAGGUAAAAAGAUUAUAUUGCUCAAAUCCACUCUCAGCAGGAGCUGAAUUUAAUAUUCCAGUCUUUGCUGCUCCAUAUGUUGUUGGUAAAUAUGGUAGCGGAGCGGUCAUGGGUUGCCCUGCUCAUGACGAGCGUGAUUAUGAAUUCUGGAAAAAUUGUAUGCCUAAUGAGCCUGUUAUCUGUACCGUGGAGCCCAAAUCUGGCGAUUUUGAAUUGCCUUAUGCCUCUGAGCAUGGUAUUUUGAAUAGCAAUGCUGGUGAAUUAUCUGGAUUAACCACUAAAGAAGCUAGGAAAAUCAUCACAACCAUGCUGGAACAAAAAGGUCUUGGCGAAUCAAAAACCCAAUAUAGAUUGAGGGAUUGGUUAAUUUCUCGGCAAAGAUAUUGGGGAACUCCUAUACCUAUUAUACAUUGUGAAGCAUGUGGUCCGGUGGCUGUUCCCGAUGAAGAUCUACCGGUAACUCUACCAAAACUUGAAGGUCUUCCUUCAAAAGGGAACCCAUUAGCAAAUAUCAAUGACUUCGUGAAUACUACUUGUCCUUCAUGUGGUUCUCCUGCAAAGAGAGAAACGGAUACAAUGGAUACCUUUAUGGACAGCUCAUGGUAUUUCUUCCGCCAUCUAAGUCCAGAUCACGCAAAAGCUCCAUUUAAAUUUGAGGACGCAACGAAAAAUAUGCCAGUUAAUAUAUAUAUUGGCGGCGUUGAGCAUUCCAUUUUGCAUUUACUAUAUGCCAGAUUCAUAUCCAAAUUCUUGGCAUCAAUUGGCAUGUGGGACGGCAGGAAGCAUGCAGGAGAACCAUUCAAGAAACUUGUUACCCAAGGAAUGGUCCAUGGAAAGACAUAUGUUAACCCUAGUAAUGGAAGGUUCUUAAAACCUGAUGAAUUGGAUUUUUCUCGUAAGGAUAGCCCAUUGAUAAAGUCCACUGGAGAAUUACCAGUUGUAUCAUAUGAAAAGAUGUCAAAAUCUAAGUAUAAUGGUGUGGAUCCAGCAGAUUGUAUUUCAAAAUAUGGACCAGAUGCUACUCGAGCACAUAUCUUAUUCCAAGCUCCAAUAGAUGAAGUAUUGAUGUGGGAUGAAACAAAGAUAGUAGGGAUUGAAAGGUGGUUGACACGAGUGAUUAAACUGGCUCGUGCUUUCUCCAUAAAAUAUGAUUCGUUGAUUAAAGACCCCACUCCACCAUUAGAAUCUUUAGAAGAAAUAAACUUCCACAAUGAGUUUUAUUCACUUUUAGGGAGCAUAACUGAUUCUUUUGAGAGAAGCUUAUCAUUAAAUACUGUUGUAUCUGAUUAUAUGAAAUUAACCAAUCUGAUUGAACAAGCUGUGAAGUCUGGUUCAGUUGAUGAAAAAUUAAUAGUAAAGUCGUUGCAACAUUUGAUUACAGUUAUUUAUCCAGUAGUGCCGUCUAUAUCAGAGGAAUGUUUUAGUAUAUUGCUACAUGGGAAAUCGCCUACAUGGACACAUUACAAGUGGCCUAGGCUGGAAGGACUUAAGGAAUCAAAGACGGUUGAGUAUAAAGUUAUUAUAGAUGGAAAAAUGAGGUGCAUUUAUCCAUCUGAGAAGGGCUUUUUCCAGGAUAAAGAGCAGGUUGUAACUUUACUAAGGUCAUCUCCCAAGUGUUCCAAGUACCUACAUAAAAAGACGGUUAAGAAUGUCAUAAUAAAGAACAAUUUAAUUAGUCUGGUAUUAGAGAAGUAA